AAAAGUCGACACUGCAGACUGCAGUGAGCGAGUCGACGACGUCACUCCACACAAGUCGAACCACAGUAUCGCCGGUCCGCCGCGUCCCAUCCUCCCGAUCGAGCCGAUGAGCCGCCUCAUUUCCCGGCGGCACCUCGCCGCCGCCGCGGCCCUCCGAAGAUCCCCUGCUGCCGCUGCGUUCGCAUCCAGGUGGUUGCACACGCCAGCAUUUGCGACGGUGUCUCCCGAGGAGAUCUCGGGUUCAAGCCCAGCGGAAGUACAGAAUUUUGUGCAAGGUAAAUGGAUAAAGGCUGCUAACUGGAACUGGAUAGUUGAUCCUCUGAAUGGUGAUAAAUUUAUCAAAGUUGCUGAGAUUCAGGGAGCUGAAUUGAAGCCAUUCGUGGAGAGUUUAUCUAAAUGCCCAAAGCAUGGACUUCACAACCCACUUAGAGCUCCAGAGAGGUAUCUCAUGUAUGGAGAUAUAUCUGCAAAAGCUGCACGCGUGCUUGGUCAACCUGAGGUCUUAGAUUUUUUUGCUAAGCUCGUACAGAGGGUUGCUCCAAAGAGCUAUCAACAAGCUCUUGCAGAAGUUCAAGUUACGCAAAAGUUCUUAGAGAAUUUCUGUGGAGAUCAGGUACGUUUUCUGGCUCGGUCGUUUGCUGUGCCUGGCAACCAUCUUGGACAAAUGAGUAAUGGCUAUCGUUGGCCGUAUGGUCCGGUUGCCAUAAUCACUCCAUUCAACUUCCCAUUAGAGAUUCCUUUGCUGCAACUAAUGGGUGCACUCUAUAUGGGGAAUAAACCAGUCCUCAAAGUUGACAGCAAAGUUAGCAUUGUGAUGGAACAAAUGAUCAGGUUGCUUCAUGACUGUGGGUUGCCUGCAGAAGAUGUGGACUUCAUAAAUUCUGAUGGUAUCACAAUGAACAAGCUGCUGUUGGAGGCAAAUCCAAAAAUGACCCUUUUCACUGGGAGCUCACGUGUAGCAGAGAAAUUGGCUGCUGAUUUGCAAGGCCGAAUCAAGUUGGAAGAUGCUGGUUUUGAUUGGAAGAUUCUUGGUCCAGAUGUUCAAGAGGUUGAUUAUAUUUCAUGGGUUUGCGAUCAGGAUGCGUAUGCUUGUAGUGGUCAGAAGUGCUCUGCUCAGUCUAUGCUAUUCAUGCACAAGAAUUGGUCAGCUAGUGGGCUACUUGAGAAAAUGAAGGGACUUUCUGAAAGAAGGAAACUUGAAGAUUUGACAAUUGGCCCAGUCCUUACCGUUACAACAGCAAGUAUGAAAGAACACACGAGCAACCUUCUCAAAAUACCAGGAUCGAAGGUUCUGUUUGGUGGCGAACCUUUGGAGAAUCACUCCAUCCCAGAAGUAUAUGGCGCCUUCAAGCCGACUGCUGUGUUUGUUCCUCUGGUAGAAAUCCUUAAAAGUGAUAACUUUGAGCUUGUGACAAAGGAGAUAUUUGGGCCGUUCCAGGUGGUCACAGAAUACUCGGACGAUCAACUUGAGUUGGUAUUAGAAGCCUUGGAAAGGAUGAAUGCGCAUCUAACAGCUGCAGUCGUUUCAAAUGACCCGUUGUUCCUACAGGAGGUGCUUGGCAGAUCAGUUAACGGGACAACUUACGCUGGAAUUCGAGCAAGGACCACUGGCGCUCCGCAGAACCACUGGUUUGGUCCUGCUGGUGACCCAAGAGGCGCAGGGAUCGGAACUCCAGAAGCCAUUAAGCUCGUCUGGUCCUGCCACAGGGAGAUCAUAUAUGACAUUGGGCCCUUACCUAAGAAGUGGGCGCUUCCUUCCGCUACCUGAUAUGCCUAGGUUAGCUAGCUAGAAGAAGACGACCUUCCAUCAGGAAUAAAUUGGGGGAGAGAAAGCGAUAUGAAUCGGAUUUAGUUGUGAACUGAUAGCGAGUCGUGUUUGAAUAAUUGAAGAAGCCUCAUCCAGGCAAUUGGGCGUUCUCUCGACCCCCAGAAGAACACAAUAAUAAAAGGGCAAUGUUAGGAUUGAUUGGAA